CAGUUCAUUCGACGAAUUUGCCACUGCCAUUCCGCGUUAAGUUUUACUGAAAGUGUUCUGAAAAUAGUUGUUUUUACAUUAAUAUUACUGUAUUUUAUAGCAUAAGUAAAAUGGUUGCACGAGUGGCGGGCGUUUUCGACGAGAACCUGACGGGCGAGAUUGCAAAUUCAAAGAUUUUGGUAGUGGGCGCCGGUGGUAUAGGAUGCGAGAUUUUGAAGAAUCUCGUGCUGACCGGCUUUCCUUACAUUGAAAUUAUCGAUCUCGACACCAUCGACGUAAGCAAUUUGAAUAGACAGUUUCUGUUUCACAAAGAACACGUUGGUAAAUCAAAGGCGCAGGUCGCGAAGGACAGCGCCCUGAGCUUCAACCCUAACGUGAACAUCAUCGCACACCACGACAGCGUCAUCAGCAAUGACUAUGGCGUCAGUUACUUCAAGCAGUUCAACAUUGUGAUGAACGCUCUGGACAAUCGCGUGGCCCGCAACCAUGUCAACCGCAUGUGUCUUGCUGCCAACGUGCCGCUGGUGGAGACGGGGACCGCUGGAUAUGCAGGACAGGUGGAACUCAUCAAAAAAGGUCUAACCCAGUGCUACGAGUGCCAGCCCAAAGCUCCACAAAAGACCUUCCCGGGUUGCACCAUCCGCAACACUCCCUCGGAGCCCAUCCACUGCAUCGUGUGGGCCAAGCAUCUCUUCAACCAGCUGUUUGGCGAGGAGGACCCCGACCAGGAUGUGAGCCCGGACACCGCAGACCCUGAAGCAGCAGGAGAUGCGGGCUCGUCGGCGCUCUCAUCAGAAGGCACGGCGGCCGGCAAUGUGGCACGCAAGAGCACCCGAGCCUGGGCCGCGGAAACCAACUACGAUCCAGAGAAACUGUUCUCCAAACUCUUCGGGGAUGAUAUCAGAUACCUGCUCUCUAUGGAGAACCUUUGGAAGAAACGCAGGCCGCCAGUACCGCUGUCUUGGGCCACCCUGCCCGGCGCGGGCGCUGCGCCGGCGCCGCACGCCGGCCUGCCCGACCAGCGCGUGUGGUCCGUGCACGAGUGUGCGCAGGUGUUCGCGACCAGCUGCAAGGCCCUACAGGCCGAGCUGACCGCACGACCGCCCGGUGACCACCUCGUGUGGGACAAGGACGACAAGAGCGCCAUGGACUUCGUGACGGCCUGCGCCAACGUCAGGGCUCACAUCUUCAACAUACCCACCAAGAGCCGCUUCGAGAUCAAGUCGAUGGCCGGCAACAUAAUCCCGGCCAUAGCCACGGCCAACGCCAUCGUGGCCGGCCUGGCCGUGCUGCGCGCGCAGGCCGUGCUCGCCGGGCACGCGGGCACGUGCUCUAGUGUCUACCUGCGGCCCAAGGUCAACCAUCGCGGCCAGCUGUUUGUGCCCGAGAAGGCCCUAACACCUCCCAACCCAAAAUGCUACGUGUGCGCCCCCAAGCCCGAGGUGGCGCUCGUCUGCAACAUCAAGCGGCUCACCCUCAAGGACCUCGACACGGCCUUCAAGGAGGGUCUCAACAUGCAGGCCCCCGACGCCACUGUCGAGGGCAAAGGCCUAGUCGUACUCUCGUCAGAACCCGGCGAAACUGACCAUAACAACGAUAAAACGCUCGAGGAAAUCGGCCUGAGCGACGGCUGCGCUUUACUCGUAGACGACUUCCUACAAAACUAUGAGGUCAGAGUCAGAUUACAACAGGAAGAUGAGGAGAAAGCUUGGCGCGUGGUCACACACGCCGACGAACCGAUGCCCGCGCCUAAAGAGAAAGCUAACGGUUCAAAUGGAUCCGAACCCGAGCCCGGCCCGUCGACUUCAAGAAAGCAUGACAGCGACAGCGACAUGGAGAUUAUUGAUGAGGAUGAUGACGGGGAACCAGCGGUGAAACCGAAACGCAGGCGCGUGGAACUCAGCGAGGAGGUGGUGGAACUGUGCUAG